UGAUCAACAUUGUUAAGUGGCCGGAAAACAAUAUAACUAACACAACACUUCAGCCGAUAACUUAUCACAAGGAUGUUUAUGCUUAUUUGUCAAUUUCUAGGGUAUUAUAUAUUAUAAUACAUGCAACAUGUGAAGAUGUUAUAUUUAUUUGUGAUUUUAUUUACAGUCCUAGGUGCGUGUACAGGAGAAGGGGGACCGUGCUACAGUCGUAGUCAGAAAAAAUGUCGUAUACCCUUUCAUAACCUAUGGAGCGCCAAAAUGGAGGGACGAGAUGGUGCAAUAUGCGGGUACUUUAAAGAUCUUCACAAAUGUACCAUGGAUUUCCAAGCAACGUGUAAAUUCAAAGAUGACCUGUAUGAAACGGAUAUUGUCAAUGUUUACACGCGGAAACCGUACAGCUGUCAGCUAAUGGGAGGAAAUAUACGAUACAAUGGUGAAUAUGAUGCCAAUUCUGCUAAAAGAUUUCAACUCAGUACAAUACUGAUGAUGAUUCUAAACUUAGUUCCAUUGCUACAUUUACUGGCUAAUUGAAAAAAAAUAUACUGACAAAAAAUAAAUCCUGUGAUGAUAUCUUAUAUAAUGUGCAAUAGUAUGUGUGUAUUUUAGCCAUGACCUCAGCAAAUUGAAAUUCGUAUAAGAUUUCAUCAUUCAAAGAAGAAAAUUUAAUGAAAUUUCGACAGAAAGAUGUUAUUUCCUCAAAAGAAAAUAUGUAGUCCCUUACAAUUGGACUUGAUGAAGCUUUUAACUAAGCAAGGUACUUUUCUAUAUUUACUAAUGUAGCAAUGAAGUGUGGUAAAAUGACUUGUUGAUAUAAUGUGGAAAAAAUACUUGGCAUCUUUAAAAUGUGGUUUAAUGUCUAACUAUCUUUACCUUGUGUCUGAUAAUGUGGUAAAAUGGCUUGUAAAUAUAAAUUGUGUAUAUUAUAAAAAUGUGGUAAAAUAUCUUGACAAUCUUGUGGUAAAAUAAAUCUGUUUGUUUCAAUGUGGUAAAA